AUGGAGACAAAGCUGCAGCUGCCCACGCUCGCAACCGACACACCGCUCGUCUCUCGCCUUAGUACCGCAUGUGCAGUUGUUGCAGGCAUUGCCACGAUCGUCGGCGUCUCGGCCCUGCACAAACACGCGGUGCGUCGUGCCGAGUCGCUACAGAAGAGGCGCUCUCCUGUCCACGUCGGGCUCCUUCGCAUGCACGUGCCGCAGACGUUCAGCGACGUUGUAAAAAACGAUGUUUUAUUGGAAAAAGCAGUCGAAUUGGUGUCCCAUAGCCUCGUGAUUUUCGUCUCGGGGCGCGACAAGCACGAGGUGGUGACCUACACGAGCGAACUCUAUGGCCUGGCGUGGGACGUGGCGUGCACACUGGACAACCCGCUGCUGGACCUGCGGAUCGUUGGCAGCGGCGUGACGCCGGCCAGCAAGACGUGGGAAGAGCUCGUGCGGCUGCCCGAGCUGAACGCCGUGUUUGGCGAAGACGCGUUGGUGAAUGUGCAGCAGCUGAACGCGCAGCGCUUUGAGCACGACGGCCUCUUUGCAGUCACGUACUAUCCGCUGGCAAUGCACAUUGACAGGCGGUUGGCUGCCGACGUGACGUACUUUGAGCACGAGCACGCAGACUUGACGCCGCAUGGCCUCGUCAUCCUCGGAGGCACGUUCGAUCACUUGCACAAUGGGCACAAAAAGCUGUUGUCGCUCGCCGUUGGUAUCUGCGCCACGCGCAUGAUCGUGGGCGUUACGGCAGAUCGGAUGCUGAAAAACAAGCUGCAUGCAGAGCUGCUGGAGCCCCUGGAGACGCGAAAGAGCGCUGUGCGCGCCUACAUUGCGUUCCUCAACCCGACGAUCGUGGCCGAAGUCGUGACGAUCCACGACCCAUUUGGUCCAGCGAUUGUGAUCCCCGAGGCGGCAGCGAUGGUCGCGUCCACGGAAACGCUGGCGGGGGCGGCCAAGAUCAACAGCAUCCGCGCUGGUCGGGGAUUGCCCAAGCUAUGCGUAUUUGCAUGUCGUCGCACGGAGAGCAGUACCCUCAGCUCUAGCUGUAUCCGCGCGAAGAUUGCAGCAUCUCGAGGUUGUUAG